AAAUUGUAUUCUAAAUUCCAAAUUGGCUAUAUCUAAUACUAUUCAAUUUUUAGGACCUAAUAUUUCUAAUAUUAUUGAUAUUAAAAAUCAUAUUUCAUGGGAUUUUGCUAAAAGUGUUUAA